UCCAGCCCCGCAACCCGCCCACCACCCACCCUCCCUCUUCCCUUCGGUGCGUCUCGGUCCGCCUGCAGCAGUCUCCUUCCCGGCGAGCUUUCACUACAGAGAUGGCUGCGAAAGUGUGCAGAUCAGUACUCCUGUUGUCCCGGAGCAGCGGAGCGGUGGCCGGCAGCCUCCCCGCACUUGUUGUCUCUUCACAGCGACAUCACCAGAGCACUAGACCGCAGGAGGUACUGUCUGCUCCUUUCGCCCGUCAGACUGUCAGGAGAGCACAUGGCCUACGGUCAGGAGCCCACUCCACACUCUUCAACCAGCCUCCCACUGCCCUGUCUCCACAGACAGUCUGUCUGCAGGGUCAAGGCAUAUAAAGUCCGCCUGGAUAUUGCUAAAUAUUGGUAACCAACCCAGUGAAUUUGGGAUAUAAAGGACGGGGGUGUGAAGAGGAUUGUGUGACUCCCAAAUGAAAUAUCACCACUCUGAAAAUUAAGUUUAAGACACCCACAGUUUAACUUUAUCUAGAGACAAUCUCUACUAAAACAUAUAGCAUAUUGAUUUUCAUUCACUACAGUCCUUUAUGAAAAAGGUAAAAUGUAUAAAUGUCAAGAAAUCAUUUUCUGCA